AUGAGCAAAAAAUAAACCCGCCCCUUAUUCAUUCCCAAACCAGAAAAUGGAGAAUUCCCAUUUGACAUAAAAAAUGUUAAUACAAAUGAUAUUAAACCUAUAGACUUUUAUAGGAUGUAUAAUUCCUUAUAAAUGAUGAUUGAAAAAUUGAUUUAAGAUUAAGUAAGAAUAUAUAUGAUUUGAGGUUGUUCAAUAAAAAGUUUAAACAAAUAUUGAUGCCAUAUUUCGAGUAUUUAUUUAAAAAGACUUAAAUCCUCCUCCUCCAUAGAAGCUUGUUGGAAGAAGAAGUUCACCAUAUACGUAUCAAAAACAGGAGUUUUGGUUGUUGGUUGAACAUCUUAAUUCAUUAGGCUUUUCAUAUAGAUAAAUAUCAGAGAAAUUGCAAGUACAUUAUGUUCAGAUUUCAACUCAUCAUAGAAAUACUGUUGAUUAUGAUGAUGAAUCUGAAUAAGAAUUAUUAUAAGUGAAGAAAUAAACAAAAGUGAAGGUGAAAUAAGAAUAAAUGGUCGAGAAAUAACCAUAUCAAUUUUGUGAUGUAUUUUAGUCAGAUGAUGAAUAAGGAUCAAAAUGA